UUAUGGCGCUGAUGGACGAGAUCAAGGGUGCGCUCGCGGAAGCCGAUCCAUUCGCCAGCUGGUGGCCAUUUGUAGUCGCGGCCAUCGUCUUCGUCGUCGGUACCGUGAGAGCAUACAUGGGGGGGCAGCAGUGUCCGAACGGUAAUGCCAUACCGGGCCGGGUGGUGGUGGUGACCGGUGCAUCCGGUGGCAUCGGUAGCGAGGUGUGCCGGGAGCUGGCCCGACGUAAUGCCCAUCUGGUGCUGGCCUGCCGCAACCCGGCGGAGGCGGAGCAGCAGCAGCAGCAGACCCAGCUGGCCGAACUGCGUCGCCUCGGUGCGUCCGGUGCGGAACUGCUGGCCCUCGAUCUUGCCUCGCUCGACAGUGUGCGGCAGUUCGCGCGCCACCUGCUGGCCAAACACCGGGCGAUCGAUGCGCUGGUCAACUGCGCCGGUGUCAUCUUCCAUCCACCGGGCACCACCGUCGAUGGGUUCGAGCCGCACCUGCAGUGCAACUUUCUGGCGCACCUGCUGCUGACACAGCUGCUGUUGCCGGGGCUGGCCCGGGACGCCCGGCACGGUCCCGGUCGGAUAGUGAACGUGGUGGCGCACGGGUACACGGCGGGCCGGGUCGUCGCGCACGACGAUCCGCUGAACCAGCGGCACCCGGUCGCCGGUCGGGAUGCGUUCGCCCACUCGAAGCUGGCGAUCGUGCUGGCGAGUAGGGCGCUGGCGGGGCGGCUACCACCGGCCACCACCACGAUCAACUGCUGCACACCGGGGCUGGUGCGCGGGACGGGCCACCUGCGCCACUCGCCCAUCAUGCGGGCCCUUUUCGCCCGCACCCUCACCUACCCCUGGAUGUGGCUGUUCAUGAAGAGCCCGGUCCAGGGUGCCCAAACGAUCGUACGGCUAGUGACGGAUCCCGCCCUCAACGGCCACACCGGUGGCCUCUACAAUGACUGCGAACCGGUGGAGCUAUCCGAGCUGGCGAAGGACGAGCAGCUGGCCGAGCGGGUGUACCGUGCCGCGCUCGAAGCGGUUGGACUGUCGGAGGGGGGGGAGAAGGAGGAGCAGAAACCUACCAGCAGCAAGUAA